AUGAUAGAAAACGACAUCAAAUCGGAAAUGUCAGGGAUUCUCAGGACAUCAGAACAUAAUUCUCACCAUCCAGCCCAGGAGUACAGACCCAGCCUCUUGACCCCAGACCCCUCCCAGCUGAGCGAGGAUGACCUCCCAAGUGACCUGCAGUCCCUGUCCUGGCUGACAUCUGUUGAUGUCCCCCGUUUACAACAGAUGGCCACAGGUCGGAUGGACUUUAACCUGAGCACCCAGAAUCCAACACUGACGACACAAACAGGCCUGGUGCUCCAUGACAUGUCCAACAACCUGACUCCAACUUCAGUACAAGGGACCAUGAUCCAGGUGCAGGCGUCCAUGCAGCAUGGCAUUAUGGGAAUGAACACCAUGGCAACUCAUGGACAAAAUAUUUCCCAGUACUCUGUGGCAGGGCAGCAUCCAUCCGGGUUUCCGACACAGCAGUCCCUCUACCAAACCCAUUCUCAGCAACUGUACAGCCUUUCACAAUCUGGCCAGCAGUGCUCAUCUGGCAAUAUCUACACCUCAUCUUACCAUGCACAGUCUCAGUAUGUGCAGCCACGACUUGCUCCACACAACGACCAGGAUCUCCAACCCAAGACUUACCCCAAACCCAUCUACUCGUACAGCUGUCUGAUUGCCAUGGCACUGAAGAACAGCAAGACAGGUAGUCUCCCGGUCAGUGAGAUCUAUAGCUUCAUGAAGGAACACUUCCCCUACUUCAAGACUGCUCCAGAUGGCUGGAAGAACUCUGUAAGGCAUAAUCUGUCCUUGAACAAGUGCUUUGAGAAAGUAGAGAACAAACUGAGUGGCUCAUCACGGAAAGGAUGUCUUUGGGCCCUUAAUCCAGCAAAGAUCGAAAAAAUGGAGGAGGAGAUGCAGAAGUGGAAGCGGAAGGAUCUUGCAGCAAUUCGAAGGAGCAUGGCAAACCCAGACGAACUGGACAAAUUGAUAUCUGAUCGGCCGGAAAACUGCAGAAGGCCAUCAAAAUAUUCAGAGAGAACAAUCCACGUGACAACACAGGUGCCAUCCACACAAGGAAGCAUCACAGUACCGCACCUCCCCCACCAGUCCAUUACCACCCUCUCCUUGCACUCCCUGCCCUUGCAUCACCAGAUCCAGCAGCAGCAGCAACAGACGAGGAUUACUCCCGACUCACCAGCACCAGCUCAGACCCCGCCUCUCCAUGCCAUGCCAGAUAUGAGCCACAGCCCCGUGCAGCACCAAGGAGCCAGCAGGGCAGCUUCAGACCUAUUCUGCAUAACGACAGAUAUGAGCACUGAUGUCGAUGCUCUGGACCCUACCAUCAUGGACUUUGCUUUGCACGGAAAUCUAUGGGAAGAAAUGAAAGAUGAGAGUUUUAACCUGGAUACACUUGGUGCAUUUAGUACAUCUCCCCUCCGUCUCUCGGACUCUCCUCUCGGAACAGUGAGCCUCACUCCCGUGUCCAGUGGAAGUGAGAAUUCUUUCUCUGACCUGCAGGUGACUGGUCUCUACACCACCUAUGCCAGCCUGGAGAACGUUCCAACUCAGUAUCUGAAUUCGCAAGGGAACAAACCAAUAGCACUGCAAUGA